CGUUUUGUUUUUCUUGUGAUUUUUUUCAUAUUUCCAACACCGAACAACAACCAAAACGAAACGAUGAAACUUUUAAUUUUUCUUUUAAAUUUUUUAUUAAUCCUGAUAACGAAUGUUAUAGGUGAAUUAUCGACAACAACAACAACAACAACGAUAUCAUCGAUGAAUGAUGAUACGAAAACCACAUCGACGACGAUAAUCAAUAAUUAUGUGCCAGUUGAAAAUUCUUCAUCAUCAUCAUCGUUGAUCAUCAAUAAAUUACCACCAUCAUCAUCAACAUUGAAUUUAACCACCGAUAGUAAUGCAAAUGUUUAUAAUGGUAUAGCUAAUAUUGGUAAAGAUCCAAUGAAAGUUGAUGCACAACAACAGAAUCCCUUUAUGGCUAAUCGUAUGGGUGGUGGAAGCGGUAGUGGUGGUAUUAAUCCACAAAUAGCAAUGUUAUUACGUAAUAAUCCACGAUUACAGCUUUUAGCACAACAAAAUCCAGUUAUAGCACAACAAAUUAUGCGUAAUCCACAACUAUUACGUGAUCCAAUUAUUCAAAGAGCCAUACAAUCACAAAUAUCACCUGGACAACAACAAGGUUUAUUAGGACAAAUCGGUCAGAUUGGUUUGAAUGGUCUGAAUGGUUUAGGUCGUGCACUUAAUCCUAUGGGAUUCAAUAACCCGAUGAACAAUCAGAAUCAGAAUAAUCAACUGAAUAAUAAUAAUCGAUUUAUGAAUAAUCAGAAUCGUCGAAUGAAUCCAAAUCACCAACAACAACAGCAACAGAAUUUUGGAUUACCGCAACAGCGGAAUUUUGGCCAAGUUUCGAAUCCCCAUCAAGAUCGAAUAAAUGGUGGUUAUUAUGGUGGUAAUGAUAAUUAUCAACAACAAACACCACCGCCCGAAACAAAUGAAAUUGAUGAUGGAUCAUCAAAUGAAGGUGAAGGGGAAGGUGGUGAAGGUGGUGGUGGUGAAGAUCAACAAGUUGAUCCUGGACAACAAGAUUAUGGUAAUGAUGGUGGCGGGGAAGAAAGUGGUGCCGACGGUGGUGCGGGUGGUGGUGGUGGUGGUGAACAACAAAAUCCAGCCGAUGAUCCUGAUAUUCAACAAUUACAAAAUUUUGGUGGCCCUAUGAAUGAUAAUUUCCCGGAAGGACUAUUUCCACCUGGUCUUUUAUCUAGAGAUGAUAUAGCCGAAAUACGUCGACAACAGGAAAAACAACAACGUGAAGAAAUGGAACGUGAACGUCGUCAACAACAGCAAUCUAAUCAACAUCAACCAGAAUCCGAAUCCGAACAACAAACAAGUCCUGAUUAUGAUAAUUCUGGUUCAGGUGAUGGUGAACAACAAGAAGCUGAAUAUCCUGAAGGUGCUGGUGAUGGUGAACAACAUCAACAGGAUGGUGGAAAUAGUCAGAAUGAAAUACCCGAUAAUAAUGAUGGUGGCCAUAUAAUCCUGACAACACCAUUACCAUUGCUUACAACCGAUUUACCACCUGCAUAUAAUAAUGCAUAUCAACCAAUACAGCCACCAUAUCGUAAUAAUUUAAAUUCUAUGCAUAAUAAUCAUAAUCCAAAUUUACAACCUUCAAAUGAAUAUCAUGGUCCAAAUAAUCAUCAACAUCAUUCAAAAAAUCAAUUUAAUCAACGGCAACCACAUCAACCAAACAAUUAUGAUUAUUAUCAUAAUAAUAAUCCGAAUUCAAUGGGAUUUGCUCCAACUACAUUGGCGCCACCGAUUGGAACAAGAACUUCAGGUGUACAUUAUGAUGAUAAUGAUGAUGAUAAUGAAAUAUUGAAUAGACGUCAUAAUGGUGGUUUUGGUCCACAUCAUCAUCGUGAUCAACAUGGUCCAUCAAAUGGUUAUUAUGGAAAUCAUCAGCCAAAUCAACAUAAUCAACAGCAAUUAAUUUCUAGAUCAAAAACAUUACAACAACAAUGGCCUGGAUCAUUACAAUCACCUGGUUCAUAUUCAACAUUGAAUAAUCCUAAUCAUAACAGCAGAAAUAUUGAUAAUAAUAAUCUUCGACGAUCAUCAACAUUAUUACAGCAAGAUGAUAAUGAUAAUGAUGACAUUCGACAACAAUCACCACCAUUAUAUUCAAAUUUUGUUAAUAAUAAUAAUAAUCAUUAUCGACCAGAUAGAACAAGGAUGGAUAGAAAUCGUCCAUCAAUGAAUCAACAACAACGUGGACGGCUAUUUUAACUUUUUUUUUAAUUUUGUUCUUCUCCUUUUUUGUUUAACCCUUUAUUACCCUAAUUUUUAAAA